GCCGGCAGCUGGAGCUGGCUGGAUACGGCGGGCGGGACAGCGCCCUCUCUAUGCUGCGGCGGCUGCUCGCGGCGCUCAUCCGUCCUUGUCUCGUCCCCAGAGCUGGUGGCGGCGACGACGGGAUGUUCUACGCGGUGCGCACGGGCCGGCGCGCGGGUGUCUACGGCACGUGGGGGGAGUGCCGCGAGCAGGUGGAUAAGUACCCGGCCGCCCGCUUCAAGAAGUUCACCAGGGAGGAGGACGCUUGGGCCUUCGUGGGCAGUGCGGCGCAGCCACUUUUGGCCCCCUCGCCAGGCUCAAGUAAGUCUUUACAUGUGGGAUGGGAACAUGAUAGCUCUGCGAAUUACCUAGAAAGUGCAAGUCACAGUUGCAGCACGUGCAAAAGACCAUAUGAGCCAUCUUCUGAGGAAGAGCAGAAGGCAAAGCGUGCAAAGUGCAAUGAAGCAUGCUUGGCUUCUUCUGAAAGAAAAGACGCAUCUUCUGAAAGCAAAAAUGAAUUUUCAUAUAUGGGUGACUUUGCAGUUGUUUAUACAGAUGGCUGCUGCUCAAGUAAUGGACGUAAAAAGGCAUGUGCCGGAAUAGGUGUCUACUGGGGGCCAAAUCAUCCUUUAAAUGCUAGUGAAAGGCUCUCUGGACGGCAGACUAACCAAAGAGCUGAAAUAUAUGCAGCCUGCAAAGCAAUUGAGCAAGCAAAGAGUCAAAACAUCAAGAAGCUGGUUAUUUACACGGACAGCAAAUUCACUAUUAAUGGUGUGACAAGUUGGGUUGACAACUGGAAAAAUAAUGGCUGGAGAACAAGUACAGGGAAAAAUGUAAUAAAUAAAGAGGACUUUCAAAGACUUGACAAGCUUACAGAAGACAUGGACAUAAAGUGGAUGCAUAUUCCUGGUCAUGCUGGCUUUGCAGGGAAUGAAGCAGCUGAUAGACUGGCAAAAGAAGGCGCUAGAAAACAAAACUCUGAACCUGCUAGUGACUAAACUUGAUUUUUGUAAUGAAAGACUGUGGUCAUAAAACUGCUGAUUACUAUUUCAGUAUAACAGCAACACCUGCUGGAAUUGUUUCAAUGUUGAAAUUAUUUAAACUACAUAGGAAUGCAAUUCUACAUGUACAUAUAUGUACUAGCCCAUUUGAAAAAACAUCAGUAUUGUAAAGGGCUGAAGUGACAUACUCAUGUUACUUGUAGAUAUUGUUUCACAGUUAAGGUUCAGAUAUUGUGGAAAUAAGACAACCAGUGUUGAGUUUGCAUCCUCUUUUUGCCACAGUGCUGCUUUUGAAGUUGCCUGUUCCAUAAGAGCUGAGCUUGGGCUUCAGGUUUUACUACAUAUCGGAGUUGUUAUUGUUUCAUAAAUAUUGCAGUAGUUCUGGUCAUGUUUAUUUUUUCUCCUUGACCAAGAGAACAGAAAUAAACUGAAACCUGAUCAUUUUUA